AUGAAUCAUUCAAUUCAGUCAAGAAAUGCUGCCAGCCCUGUCUAUUCUCAGCCUAAACGUAAAUCAGACAAUCACCUCUGUCUGGUGUUUGACGAUCAACAAGUGUGGAAGCAACUUUCAAACAAGAGUACAACCGAAUCAGUUGGUGUAUGUGGACAUCCACACUUUUCGGAUAUACACGGAAUUCAAUUUGCAGCACAACAAGCAAUACAGCGAUCUCAAAUAUUGGUUGAAAGAAUAUGUAAUGCUCCUUCUAACGGUGCCGAGGAAAUGAGAAAAGUUGUUAAACAUUUGGAUCGCUUGUCUGAUACCUUGUGUAGUGUUAUUGAUGUAGCAGAGUUUGUUAGACACGCCCAUCCUGAUAAUAACAUUCGGGAAUCUGUGCAUCAAGCAUAUAGUCAACUCUAUUCGUACAUGAAUGUACUUAACACAGAUACCAGGCUACAUAAGGUUCUUUCUGAAGCCCUGGCCGAUGAGCAAAUUGUAAAACACUUUACUGCCGAUGAAUACAUGUCAGCUAUAGUACUUUUACAUGACUUUGAAAAGUCUGGUAUACAUUUACCUAUCCAAAAACGUAAAGAAUUUGUCGAUUUAUCAGAUCGAAUCAUUCAUUUGGGACGAGAGUUCAUGCAGCAAAAUCCUCGAGCUAUUCGGGAAGUGAAGAUACCACUGGCAGCAUUAGGACGAUUGCAUUUAUCAGAUUCAUCUGUGACUAUCAAAAAUGGAUACGCUCAUAUACCAACCGAUUCAUCUGAAGCCCAAUUGAUACUAAAGUAUGCCAGUAAUGAACAAUUACGUAAACAAGUAUAUGAAUCAGUCCACACCGCUACAAAAGAGAGUAUUGCAGUUUUAGAGCAAAUGCUAAAAACGAGAGCUGAGCUUGCAGUUUUGGUCGGAAAAAGUUCAUUUGCCGAGUUACAACUACAAGACAGGAUGGCAAAAAGCCCAGAACAUGUGGAGGCGUUUCUCAGAAAAUUAUCCGAGCAUCAAAGUUCUUUAUUUAAAAGAGACAUGCAAUUGUUGCAAUACGCAAAACAACGAGAGCUGAACCUUGCUUCAGCACCUGUAGUCAAUGCUUGGGACCGUGACUAUUAUAUGCAUUUAUGUGGUGUAGAAGAGACCCAGAAUGGAUCUGUAAACCAUCAUUUGCCAUACUUCACUGUAGGUUCUGUCAUACGAGGCCUUUCACGCCUAUUUGAUUCUCUAUACGGUGUCAGAUUUGAGUAUGCCCCGAUGAGAUCAGGUGAAUCAUGGCACGAUCAAGUUCGAAAGCUAAAUGUUGUAUGUGAAAAUGAAGGCAAGAUUGGUGUCAUCUACUGCGAUUUAUUUUCUCGUGCAGGCAAGCCUCCUGGCGCUGCACACUAUACAAUCCGAACAUCCAGAAGAGUAGAUGACGAUGACUCUGAAAAUGAUGUCCGAUUCGCCUUUCCUAAUCGAAAUGUUGAUGAAGCCAACUUUCUACCCCCUAUUGUACAGCCUGCAGAACGUGUUCAAGGAAGAGACGGACUAUAUCAACUACCAGUGAUUGCGUUGUCAUGUAGCUUUUCUUUAAAAAGUCGUAACCAGCCUGCUUACUUAUCAAUGUAUGAAAUUGAAACAUUGUUUCAUGAAAUGGGACAUGCAAUGCAUUCUAUGCUGGGUCGUACAGAUUUCCAUAAUGUAGCAGGUACCCGCUGUGCAACUGAUUUUGUAGAACUCCCAUCUAUCCUUAUGGAGCACUUUAUUUGGCAUCCAAAGGUGCUGUCAUUGUUUAUGGAUGACCCAAAUACUGCUGUAGGAUCACCUGCGAGCAUAGAAUCCUUUUUGAAACAACGGAAGUCAUUUAAUGGCAUUGAACUUAAUAGUCAGAUUUUGAUGGCAUUAGUAGACCAAAGAUACCACUCCUCAAUAGCCAAAUCCGACAACUUCUCUAGCGUUAAAGAGUGGCAUCAACUCCAAGACUCAGUAGGACUCUUCCCGAGCGUUGCCUCAGCAAUGUGGCCUGUUCAAUUUCAUCACUUGUUUGGAUAUGCAGCCAAUUACUACUCUUAUCUCUUUGAUAGAGCAUUGGCAAGAAAAGUUUGGGAAACAAACUUUAAAGAAAAUCCUUUAGACAGAGAAAAUGGACAAGCGUUUAGGAAAGGUGUGCUCGAAUGGGGAGGCUCUAGAGACCCGUGGAAGUGUAUAGCAGAUGUGCUGGAAGAAGAGGACGCUUCAAAGAUAGUUAACGGUGAUGAGGUGGCUAUGAAGACUGUAGGAGAUUGGGGUGUUGAUGUGUAA